AAAACACAUAACGAGGAGUUAUCAGAGGAGGAGAAGCGCACAGUACAAACCAUAGAGUCGAUCCACCCCAUGGCUUAGAUGAACGGUGAGUUGACUUCUUCCCAAUAUUGAUCCAAUCAUCUCUCGCCACGUCAUAGGUUUACUGCGUCCCUUGUAAUCCAUACCCUGAACCGGCACCUUCUCUGUCUCUCCCCCCCCCCCCCCCCCCAUCGAAAAACCUAAUUCCGCCGGCGGCGAAUCCUCCCGGAAAAAAACUCUGACAUGGAUUUCAGGAUUGAUAAUGGUGAUGCUGAUGGGAUGAUGAUGACGAUUUCAGUCGAGAACCAUAAUGAAAUGGGUGAAAGCUCUGGUCAAGCAAUGAUUGAGCAAGACGAUGAUGAAAACCAUAACGAGAUAGGUGAAAGUUCUAAUCAAGCAAUGCCUCUUGAGCAAGACGAGAAGGUUGAUCCGGACUCUAUCCCUCUGGCAGUUUCUGAUAUGGCCGAGGAGGAGGUUCAAGGUGGUGAUGAGCCUUACGUUGGGCAGGAGUUCGAGUCUGAAGCAGCUGCACACGGGUUUUAUAAUGCUUACGCUACAAAAGUAGGGUUCGUCAUCCGUGUCAGCAAACUCUCACGGUCAAGGCAUGAUGGAUCUCCCAUAGGAAGGCAGCUUGUUUGCAACAAGGAAGGUUACAGGUUGCCUAGCAAGCGUGACAAGGUUAUUAGACAAAGAGCGGAGACAAGGGUUGGGUGUAGAGCAAUGAUCUUGAUUAGAAAAGAAAAUUCUGGUAAAUGGGUUAUCACGAAGUUUGCCAAGGAGCAUAACCAUCCUUUGAUGCCUGGAAGGGUUCGAAGGGGUUGCAUCUAUGAUCAGUAUCCGAACGAGCAUGAUAAAAUUCAGGAGCUGAUGCAGCAGCUAGCUGCAGAGAAAAAGAGAGCUGCUACUUACAAGAGGCAUCUGGAGAUGCUCUUUGAACAGAUUGAGCAGCACAAUGAAAGUCUUACUAAGAGAAUCCAGCACAUAGUAGACAAUGUGAGGGAUCUGGAACAGAGAGAUCAUCAACAGAACCAAGUAUAGUCUUUUUUUUUUUAAUUUGUCUCAGGUUUGAUUUAGGAGAUAGAUCGUCUCUUCUUUAUUCCCCCAUUCUCUGAGAUUCUCUCUCUUAAUAAACAUUUUUCUUGUCAAAAACAAAAGAGCAUGCAACUGUCUUCAAGAAAGUUUUGUUUUGUUUUUCUUAUGUUCCAACAUUGAGUUUGGUGUAAAUGUAUAUAAGCAGGAGAUGGUUUUAAAGCGCUAUCAAAAUCCUCUGUAAUAUC